CGAAUCACGUAUUGUAAACGAGCACACCGCGAUGUCAGAGCGAGAACUUGUUCGUAGUUCACGCCUUUGUCUUCCAUUUUGUUUUUGUUAAAAUAUUCUCACGUGUGCAAUGCAUUGAAAAACGAAAUAAUCAUGGCUAUGUUAGCGGGACCUCGACGUAAACAAAAAGUAAUAAAUUUACGAGCUAAAAACAAUGCAUGGAGCGAAGAUACAACAAAGUUUGGUCAACGAAUGUUGGAAAAAAUGGGAUGGAGUGCGGGAAAGGGGUUAGGUGCUAAAGAAAAUGGUAUUGUGGAACAUGUUGUGGCCAGAUACAAGAAUGAUGAUAGAGGAUUGGGUUUCGAGGACAGGAACGACCAGUGGACAAAACAUGAAGACGAUUUUAAUUCAUUAUUAGCUAAUUUAUCCAACGGUGAUAGUAACAAAGAUGACAAAUUACACAGUGGAGUAUCUCUUGAAGUGAAAUCAAAGACAAGUAAAGCAAGAGUACAUUACCAUAAGUUUACAAGAGGCAAGGAUUUAACCCGCUACAGUGAAAAGGAUUUAGCUAAUAUUUUUGGUAAAAAGACCUUAAAAGGUGAAAAUAAGCCAAGCACUGAAGAAAAAGUUGAAAACAGUGCUGAAAAGGAUGAAAAAGAUGCCACACCUGUUGAUAAAGUGUUUACUGAAGGAGGUAGCAUGGAGGAUUACUUUAAAAGUAAACUGGCCGCUAUGAAAUCAAAAAACAAACUUCACAUACAAAAUAAUGCCACAAAUGAUAAUGAAAACACUGAUUAUUCAUUCCGAGGGUUCUCCGGAACUAUGGAUAGAGAUGAUGAGGAAGAGACUCAUCAAGGAUUUGGUUUCCAAUCAUUUUCUUUAGCUAAUGCGGAAGAGAAUGAAGCGGUUGAUAAUGAAAAUAAUGAAAAUUUGGUUGAGAGUAAAAAGAAAAAGAAAAAAAAGAGGAAACAUCAAGAUGAAGAACCAGUAGCCAAUGAGAUUGUAGACAAUGAGAACAUUCCAACACAACCAGAUUCCAAUGUCAAUGAAAUACAAAAGAGUAAAAAGUCAAAAAAGAAAAAGAAGAAAGAUUUUGAAGAAACUGUAGCUGAACCUGUAGAACCCGUGGAACCUGUAGACCCAGUGGAAAAUGUGGAUGAACCUGUCAUAACUAAAAAAUCUAAAAAGAAUAAAAAUAUUGAUGCUACCACUGAACAUGUAGCUGAAGAUUAUGUGCCUAAAAAAAAGAAAAAGAGGAAAGAUAAGGGUACUGAAUAAAUUUUUAUAAAUUAU